AUGUACCGAGUAUACUACACGGAAAAUCCUAAGCUGCCAUUGGCUGAUUGGAGCGUUAAAUUGGUUCAGGUGGACUCAGCCCUGAGCCAAUCUGAUUUGACCGGCAGCACCAGCACUCUAACGCUGUUGACUCAUUUGCGCACAAAUGCCACCUAUCAUAUUCGUGUCAGUGCUUCCAAUAUCAAAGGGGAUGGACCGAUUUCACCGCCGUACCCCGUCAUUGUUAGACCUGGAGCCUUGCCGCCGCCAGUGAACUUCAAAGCCGUCUCCAAAUCUGCCCAUGAGGUGUCGCUUCACUGGGAUACUCCAGACACCCAACAACGCGAACCUCCUUUGGUGAAUUAUGAACUCCUCGUAACUCCUCUGGAUGGAGAGGGAAACAUGGAGGCAACUUCUCGGCAAAUUUUCAUUGAACCCAGUUUAUAUAACUAUUUGGUGAAUGGCCUUUUACCAAAUACAAAGUAUGAAUUCCGUCUGGCCGCAGUAUCCGAAACCGGUGCCGGCAUUCAAGCGGAGACCACUGCAAAAACGAAGGAAUAUGUUCCCGGACCGCCGAAUCGAGUGACUGUUGAGGCGACAGGAAGUGAUCGCUUGCGGGUCACGUGGACACCACCGAAGGAGUCAAUUUUGCCCUCCCUUCUUGUCAAUAUGGGACAACGGGCGAACGAACUGCGGAUCGCCUUCUACGACAUUGACAUCCGCACUACUGAUGCCAAGCUCCUUCUCAUCAAAAUUCACUCGGCAAACAAUUCACCAACACUCUGCGGUCUUAUAACCGACAUGAACGAGCCGACUCAAUUUGACAGACUUCACGAUGUCCAUUGUCUAUCACCCCUAAUACUUGAUGGUGGGUGGGAAGGUAACUGGCUAAGUGGACCGCAGUAUGGAACAGUGGACCAACAAAGACCCCUAAGACAACAAUCAACCUCGGAGCGAAAAAUUGAAGAGGCACGAGGCAAAUUGGCAUAUACGAGGGAGAUCGCUGGCCUCCGUCCCAGCACUUAUUAUGUCGUUCACAUCCGUGCUGUUUCCAGAUCUGGGUCGGGUGAUAGAGCCAAAUCGAAUCCCACGAUGACUUGGCCUUUGCCUCCACAUCGCCCAACAUCCCUGAAACUGCGAACCGCGGUAUCACCAAAUUCAAGGCGUCGAAUUCUGCGAGUGCAAUGGGGACCUCCGCUGCAGGAGAAAGUUCCCAUGGGAGGAUUCAAGUAUCGCGUUCAAUGGAGGCUUCUUAUUCAACCAAAAGGUACAGCGGAAUAUGAUAACGCAAAUCUGGAACCCGUGUCACAUGAGAGGGCCAAGGAAUUGGGUAUUAUGGAGGAGUUGAUUGGAGGUGAAGAGAAUGUGACGGAACUCAACUGGGACUCACCUGCAGGAAGACUGAUUGGUGGGCUCUCCUACGAGUUGCGAGUGGCCACAAUGGACGAAUAUCAGACGGGAGAAAGUGUCAUCGGACGGAUUGAGCUGCCAGAUGACGUCCCCACUCUGCCCCCCUCUGGUGUUCGUAUCGACACCACCUCGCCCCAUCUCCCCCUCCACUGGAAGGCUCCACCUCUGGAAGCUCGAAAUGGGCAUCUAGUAGCCUACGAAGUAGAAUGCUCUUGGGUUGACGCGUCUCAGAGUUUCACAGAUUCCUGGCAGACGAGAUCUAUCAAAAUUAUCCCAGAGGAUUCUUCUCCGCCUUCAACACUUUUUUGGCCGCCAGGUCGUGUUUCUCUGCUGAACAUUUCCACAUUAGCUGCCGCCUCCUUUAGAACUGUCUAUCGAGGUCGUGUUCGCGCUUGGACUCCAGCCGAUGCAGGACCAUGGUCGGAAUUCGUAUCGUUGAAUCUAAAAAACCUCGUGCCAAAGGAACCAACUUCCGUGAAUGCAGUCUACAUCGAGAAGAAGGGUGUUCUCGUUACCUGGGCAAUGCCUGAGGGCUUUAUACAAACCUCUCACCAACGUGAGAAAGCAAGGAGUAAAACGAGCGCCAAGUCCAUCAUCUACCGCCAGUUUGUUGUGGAAUAUGCCAAACAGGUGAACAUCGCACAGCCUACACUAUGGAUGGCUUCGAAAACUGCGGGACCACAGACAAGUAUUACACUACCCAUUCUUGAAAAUCCCGAAAAUUAUGUCGUGCGUGUACAAUCAGUUGGAAUUGCCAACUUGCACAGUGAAUGGUCGGCUCCAAUUUUGGUUCAGAAAGUACAUUCAACAGAUUCUAUGGCUGUUGAAAACCUUAAAUGUCAAGCUGUCACUGAAAAUGGAAGUAAUGCUGAGCUGGAACUCACUUGGAAUCUUGUGGAACUGCCCACCGCUCAAAGAAUUAUCCACUACUUGGUCAAUUACACCGGUGGAAGGGUCUAUCUUAAUGCAGAUGGCCAUCGUAUCCGAGAAUCGCAGGGGGAACGCGAACAAUCAUUGCGAGCCCCUGAAGUCUCCUUCGGUAUGGUCGUACACCGCCUCGUUGGUCUGAGCUUCAAUAGUGCCUAUCAGGUCGACGUACUUCCCGUUUUUAAACGUUCCAUGAUAUCUGGAGUCUUUGGUGAAGCAGAAUCUGUGUUCUGUCGUACGCUGUCAAAACCACCACAAUUUGUCCCCACACCUGAUUUUCAUCCUUCACCAAACGGAGGAGCCGGUCUUAUAACGGUUUAUCGCGCGGAUGAACAGAAUGGAACAGUAGCCACCUACGAAAUCCUGGCCAGGGAGGCCGGUCCGAUCGGUAAAACUCAGGCUCUUGCGGUAUUGGCGCAGUUUCCAGCUGUCACACUGUUCAGACCACUUACCAAAGUGGUGCGCGUGGUACUAAAUGGAUCGGCAGGAGCGAAUGCGGGUGGAGAAGGUGGAACUUUCUUUGCCCCGCCACUUGUGUCCGGCCAGACAUACCAGGUCGCCGUAAGGGCCUGUGUUGAGGGUCAUGAUGCAAUUGCCUCAGAGGUUAAUCUUAUUAGAGGCGGAGACUUGAGUGCAGCCUCGCUCUGCAGUACGAGUGAUUGGUCGGGUCUGGAACCGAGAAAUUCCGACCUAUCAAAAACAAACCAAUCAGCUCCUCAGGUCCGAUAUGACCUUGAGGAAGAUGACCCAUUAUGGCCAGCCAUUGUGAGAGAAAACAUAAGCGCUAUUGCGACUGCAGUGCAGACGCCUUUCAACGAUGCUGCUACGGUUCCACGUCUGGGAGAGCAGGAUUUAAUUUCCACGGAAAUUUACUUCCCCUCCGCCAAUGGGAUUGUCCACGUGGCACAUCCAGUCCCACGUACUGCAGCUGUCCCCAUCGCUGGUUCCUCGCACAGUGACCGGAUCCAGAUCAUCGUCGCCGCUCUCUCCAUCAUCGUCGGGGUCUGCAUUCUCGCCUUCGUCUGUUUCCUUAUAAUCCGACACUUCCAGCAUCAUGGAGGUCAUUCUCAUCACCAACACGACCAUCAUGGUGGGAAAUUUGGUGGAAAUGGCAACACCAUAAAGCCACUGGAAGCCGCUCAGAUGAAAAUUAAUCACGGAGGAAUUUCCAACUUUUCCUCCCCCACUGCUCCCCUCCUCCGUUACGAACCUUUAGUGUCGGGUCAAGGGAUGCGUUCGCCUGAUGGCCUUUCACUACACUCAGAGCUGCUGGGUACCGCAUCGCUCGGCCGCUUUGGUGGCAAUGAAAGUGCGGCGAUGAUGUCAAUGGGUAGCAAUUGUGUUUGUUCAACACCGACGGCAACUGGAACGGCAGUUUCGUUGGAAAUGCUAUCAAUGGGAUUAGGGGGGCGGCAACCACCACCACCCUACUUCAUGAACCCACCGCCUCCGCUUAUACCUGACAUGUUAAAUGACCAGGUGACAUCCCAGCCGGUGGCACUCGAAGACUUGGCCUCCCACGUUGAGCAGUUGAAACAGAACCAAGGUCUCCUUCUUUCUGCAGAGUUCGAAUCCAUUGAUCCGGGGGGUCAAUUCACUUGGGAGCACUCCAGCCGCCCCGCAAAUCGACCCAAAAAUCGAUAUGCCAACGUAGUCACCUAUGAUCACUCACGUGUCAUUCUUAGUCGAGUAGAUGGGGAUCUAGAAAGUGAUUAUAUCAAUGCAAACUUCCUUGAUGGCUACAACCGAAAACGAGCCUAUAUUGCCACCCAGGGACCACUUCCAAAUACAGUUUGUGACUUUUGGCGAAUGGUGUGGGAGCAGCGUUCGAGCACAAUUGUUGCGAUGACUCGAUUGGAGGAGAGAGAGAGGAUCAAGUGUGAACAGUACUGGCCAGGCAGUGGUCUACCGGCCAGCUCGCGACUCACAACCACAACGUAUGGACAGAUUACUGUCAGUUUGAUGGAGGUUAUGGAACUGGCUUAUUACACUGUGAGGACCUUCACAGUCCAGAAAAGUGGAUGUCGGGAGAAACGUGAAAUUCGGCAUUUGCAAUUCACCGCAUGGCCAGAUCAUGGAGUCCCCAAUCAUCCUGCACCUCUACUCAUGUUUCUACGGCGAGUGAAUGCAGAAUUUGUGCCUGAUGCUGGACCAAUCAUCGUUCACUGCUCAGCUGGAGUUGGACGCACAGGUGCCUACAUAGUGUUGGAUAUUCUCCUACAACAAAUGCACCACGAGAACGCAGUCAACGUCCUCGCUGUGGUAACUCAACUUCGUAGUCAACGCAACUUUGUGGUUCAAACCAAAGAGCAGUACGUUUUCAUCUACGAGGCCCUAUUAGAGGCCGCGUUGAGUGGAAAUACCGAGCUUCCAGCGCGUCAGCUGCGUGGUCACUGGCACAAACUGAUAGUACCCUGCUGCUCUGAGGAGGAGUCAAUUACAACGCCACCGCUGGAGCCAAAUCAUGACCCUCUUGCUAACACCGGUCUAGCCUUAGAGUUCGGUCAACUGGUUAACCAGACGGCUGGACCAUUUGCGGCGCUGAUUGCGCAUCAAUCCCCAGGCGGACUGCUAGCCUGUUCCGAUAGUUUUACGGACUCACCAGGGAAUGUUCUGAGUGGAGCUUUACCGGUAAACAUACCGAAGAACAGGUGCGGCACCGACUUCGUACCCUAUGAGAGUAACCGAGUGAAAUUAUCGUCAAUUAGAGGGGUUGAGGGUUCUGAUUACAUCAACGCCUCCUACGUCGAUAGUUAUCGGUCGAGAUCAGCUUUUAUCGCUACGCAGACACCAAUGAUGCCGUUUGUGGAAGACUUCUGGCGAAUGAUAUGGGAAUCUGGUUCUUGCAUAAUAGUGCAACUCGAUUCCUACGAAUUCGACAAAGAACCACCCUAUUGGCCAGUGGAAGAAGCAACAAGGUUCGGAUUUUUAGUGGCAGAGGCCCUGGCUUCUUACGAUAUGACGGCUUAUGUUCUACGGGAAUUCCGAUUAACGGAUGCCAAGAGCAGUCAAUCUCGAAUAAUUCGUCUUUUUGAAGCUUCACACCUCUCUCUUCUGAUUGGCCGAGCAAUAACCUCCCCUCGACACAUGAACCAAUCCGGUGCAAGUGAUGUUACGCUACCACCUUCACUACCACCAUUGGCUGAGUGGCUGCCCAAUCGCUCAUUGGCAAAUAAUACUCCUACUUUUGGGUUCAUCAAUGGUGGAACUAAUUACUAUCGAUCUGUCUCUACUGACAGUUAUGGGAAGGGUGUAUUUGACGACCUGACAUGUCAAAAGGCUGCUGUCAGUCUGAUUGACCUGAUUGAACAGGUGCAUAAAACUCAAGAACAAUUUGGGCUGGAGGGACCAAUCACCGUUCACUGCAGGACCGGGACUGGCUACACAGGCAUGUUUCUGAUGCUCUCCAUCCUCUUCGAUCGAAUGCGUGUCGAAGGCGUUGUUGACGCCUUUCAGACAACAAAACUACUCUGGUGGCAACGACGUGGUCUUGUCGAGACCCCCACGGAGUAUGCCUUCUGCUAUACCACUGCACUGGAGUACUUAAAUCUCUACGAACCACUUCCCGUCAACCAAACGACUACACAAACGCCCUCUUCCACCCUCUCCUAG